AUGACCAACCCUAAAGGUACUCGUCGUGGUACCCGAUACAUGUUCUCCAAGGACUUCCGAAAGAAGGGAGUUAUUGGCUUGAAGACCUACUUCGCCAACUACCACAAGGGAGACAUCGUCGACAUCAAGGGUGAUGGUGCCGUCCAGAAGGGUAUGCCCCACAAGGUUUACCACGGAACCACUGGCCGAGUUUUCAACGUCUCUCGAAAGGCCGUCGGUGUUAUCGUCAACAAGAAGCACAACGGACGAAUCAUCGCCAAGCGAGUGAACCUCCGAAUCGAGCACGUCCGACACUCCAAGUCCCGACAGGGUUUCCUCGACCGAGUCAAGACCAACAACGCUCGAAUCGCUGAGGCCAAGAAGGCCGGCACCUUCGUUGAUGUCAAGCGAAUCAACGUCCAGCCCCGACCUGCUCACACCGUCAAGCUCUUCGGCAAAGAACCCGAGAUGGUCGCCCCUAUUCCAUACGAAUUCAUUAUCUAA